GUUCGUGGUUUCACCUGGCUGGGUGCAGGACAAGUUGCCAGUGAAGACAUUUAAGUUAAAGCUGAGGAAAAAGUCAAGCUCUAUUCUUUUCUACUCUCUCUAUGUCUCUGUUGAAGAGGAUACGGUAGCACACGUAAGAACACAGCACAUUUCUGCCUAAAUAGAUGUUAUGGCUUGUUUUUUGCAGUUCUUCGAAAUAUUCACGAGACUUUUAUUUUGUAAGUUGUGACCGGAAGUUCGGGGUUUUAUUAUAGCUGCUUUGUGAGUAGUGGACUGAGCUGCAAACCGUUUGAAACCCCCUCUCCACCGGAGCAGAGGGCGAGAGGGUCUAUCCCUGCAGACCAGCUCAAACAUGGCGGGCCGUGGAGGCGACGUGAUGCGUUCAUGGACCGGGUCCGGGUCUGGAUCCUUACCGGCCCCGGCACCGUCCGAGGAGCGGAAACCGAGGAAGAGGAGGAGAGCCUUCUGCCUGACCAGGAUGAAGUCCCGCAACAGCUCGGGCGAAGCUCAGCAGCAGCAGCCGCCGCCGCAGCAGCAUCAGCCCGCCGCAAACAACAACAACAUGCCGUUCAUGAUCCACUGCCAGAUCGGCAAGGAGAUCAAACACAUCUGCAGCAACUGCCGGGGAUCAGAGCCGCUGGACGCCGAGGAGGUAGAGAGGUUGGCGGCGAUGCGCUCUGAUUCGCUGGUACCCGGCACUCACACGCCUCCCAUCCGCCGGCGGAGCAAAUUUGCCACCCUGGGACGCCUGUUUAAACCCUGGAAGUGGAGGAAGAAGAAGAGCGAGAAGUUCAAGCAGACCUCUGCAGUGUUGGAGAGGAAAAUGUCCACUCGCCAGAGCAGAGAGGAGCUCAUCAAGAAAGGAGUGCUGAAGGAGGUUUAUGAGAAAGAAGGCACGUCCCCAGUCGUACGGGAGGAGGUGAAGAUGGAGAACGGACGUUCUCCGGUGCUCGGCUCCAGCCUGUCAGAGUCUGAAGGUACUGAGCUGAUGGAAGGAGCAGCUGCAGCUGUAGGUUCACUGGAGUUUCAGAUGCCCGGUGACGGUGCGUGUCAACAGGACCACGCCCAGAAAUCCAGCCAGGCUCCGCCCCCGAAAAAGUCCACUGUGUAUCCAGUUGACGGCGCUGAAUCGACACUCUCCAGACCUCCAACGCUACACAAACAACCUCCUGCGCUACCACCCAAACCCUUCACCAGGCUACCGAAUCACAUUACAGACGGAGCCCCGGUGAAGUUGCCAUGUAUGUCGGUGAAGCUAUCUCCUCCUCUACCUCCAAAGAAGCUCAUGAUCUCCGUACCUGCAGGGAGCAUGGAGCCCUCUUCGCUCGCCUUCCAGAAGUGCCCCGCCCCUCCCAGCCAUGCUCCAAUGGGCGGGCACUCGCUGCAGUACGGGACACUGCCCGUUCCUCUCCACCCGCCCAGCCGGAUCAUCGAGGAGCUCAACAAGACCCUGGCCCUCACCAUGCAGAGGUUUGAGAGCUCCAUGAUGCACGCGGUUCCCACGGUGAUGAUCGAGUGCGACGACGACAAGGAGAACCUCCCCAACGAGGCCGACUACGAGGACCUGCCGGGGAUGUACAAGGACGAGGACGAGGAGGAGGAGGAGGAGGAGGAGGAAGAAGACGAGGAGGAGGAGGAGGAAGACGAGGAGGAAGAUGAGGAUGACACACUGUUUACAAGCACACUGGCCAUGAAGGUCUUACGGAAGGACUCUCUGGCCAUCAAGCUGAGUAAUCGUCCGUCCAAGAGGGAGCUGGAGGAGAAAAACAUCCUGCCGCUGCAGUCGGACCAGGAGCGACUCGAGUCCAGACAACAAACAGCCACCAAACUGACCAGGCGGUUGAGUCAAAGGCCAACGGCAGAGGAGCUGGAGCAGAGGAACAUACUCAAACCUCGAAACGAUCUGGAGGAGCAGGAGGAGAAGAGGGAGAUCAAGAGACAUCUGUCCAGAAAGCUCAGCCAGAGGCCGACAGUCGAGGAGCUGAGGGAGGCAAAGAUCCUCAUCCGCUUCAGUGACUAUGUGGAGGUCGCAGAGGCUCAGGACUACGACAGGAGAGCAGACAAGCCAUGGACGCGGCUAACAGCUGCUGAUAAGGCCGCCAUAAGAAAGGAGUUAAACGAGUUCAAAAGCACAGAGAUGGAGGUGCAUGAGUCGAGCCGUCAUCUGACCAGAUUUCAUCGGCCGUAGCUUGGCUCAGUCAGACCUCGGCCAUGUUUUACUCCCACGGAAGCCUCAAGUGUUCAGACUGCUACCUGCUGCCCUCAUAAUGCUAACUACUACCCUCGUCGACUUCGUCUGACAGACUGGACUCAUGUGAGUUUGAGCCAUGACAGGAAAUGGGAGCAAAAAAACAAAACAAAACAAAACAAAAAAAAAACACUUUCAGAUGGAUUAAACUCUUGGCUGGCGUCUCCCCUCAGUGGAGAUUUUACAGACUUCUUGAUAUUCAAAAGCUUUUAAUUGUCAUUUUUUUAUGAUAAGGAGGCGGCGACAUGUUUACUUUGCAGCACUUUUGUUUCUGAACAAAGCUUCUGGAGGUCAAACAGAAUCUGUGCCAAUUUCAGAGGAUGGGAACCGUAGGAGGUGAAGAUGGGACUUUUUGUUUUACACAGGGAUUGUUUUCUUGCCUUUUACCAUGUUCUCACUCUACUGUCUCAACUGGAUUCAAUCUUUCCUUGGGGGUGUGAUUGUGUUGGCAGAGUUUUACUCCACAGAUGACAUCUCAAUGAUCGUUUAUCUCAUUUAGCCAGAGGAAUGAAAAUAUUUACAACAGUUUAUGCUGUUGUAGGCAGCUGAAUCUUAAGCCAAAAUGUCCUAAAAAUCUUAAUCAACAUCCCAAAACGCUUCUUCAAAGCCAGUGACAGUAAAAUUCCGAUCUCCUAACACAUGAACAUCAAUCAACUGAGCAAUAAUUUCAGAUUUUCUCCUUAUUUGUGCAUCUGUUCACGGGCUGCAUUCAAGAGAUCAAACACUUUUCAGACUUCAAAUCCCCAAUUUAAACCAAAGCAGCUUGGACUUGCUGUGGAAGUCGUGACCUUGAAUGCAUCCCAGAGUGACUGCUGUUAAGAGUUCAGUAACUCACUGUGUCACUGUGCCUACAGUGUUGUUUACAGGGAUUUAAAAGUUGCCAAAUUCACUUGUUUCAUUUGAUACAGAAUAUUAUCUGUAGACACAGUAAAAUGUUGCCGAACUCUCUGCUGAACAACCAGAAAGUCGACUUUUCUUUUUGUAUUUCGUUGUGCGGUACAAAAUAUGGAAGCCCUGCCACCUUACUUUCUGUUUUUUUAAAUUGUUCACAAUCCAUAGUGGGUCCAUGAAUUGGCAGUUUUGUGUGGGGGUAAAGCAGUGACGUUAACAUUUUGACACUGAAAAUAAAAUUUGGCAUUGAAAACAAAACCUGAACUGAAAAAGGAAACAUUGGCACGGAAAUACUUGUGUUAGAAAAAGUUGUUUUGGCACUAAAACAAGUUUCCACAGUAAUAUAAAACACAGGCCUCACAAAAAUCUUAUUCUAUUUUUAUUGCAUUUCAAACUGCUGAUUUUUUUCAUCAUUUGUCAUUUUUCAGUUCUGUCUGUAUUUUUUUAGUGUCUUUGGUUUUCAGUUUCAACUUUCUCCCACUGUUGUGGCAUAAAGGAGCUCGAGGGGAGGGGCAACUUGUCAUGCACCAGAAAACUGCUGCCCUUCACCUUCACUGAGCUUGCAGUCUACAUAUAAUCUACAUGUAAUCUAAAUACAGAUGCCCCACACACACUGCCUGCACUGCACUGUGGUUGCACAACUUCUUUUCUUUCAUUUCGGCACCCAUGUCAACAGGUCAGAGUUACAGAGUUGAGUCACAGUCCAUGUGAGACCUGACACCUUUCACUAUCACUGAUGGUGAAGGACAGUGGUUUUCUGGUGUGUUGAGAGCUUCCCCCCCCCUGAAGCUGCUCCCUUUCUACGCCAAAACGGUGACAGAAAGUUUAAACUAAAAACCAGAUUACAUGGAAAAACUCAAUGAGAAAAGACAGACUUGAAAAACAUCUGACACUGAAUCUGAUUGACACUGAAAAACGCAAAAAAAACAUCAAAAUAAUAUGAGAUUAUGAGAUUUUAAGUUUUGAUGACUGUGUUUAUUUUUCAGUGCCAAUACAACUUUUUCUAAUAGCAUUAUUUCCUUUUCAGUUCAGUUUUUUGUUUUCAAUACAAAAUGUUAUUUUUUAUGUCCAAAUUUUAAUGUUACUGUUCGCGCCCCAUAGUUUUGACCAUAUUAUUGGGAGAACUUGUUGCUCUGUUGUGUGUGUUAUGACUGAGUGUGUGUUUGUGUGUAUGCCUGUGUAUAAGAGUCAGUAAUAUUACUGUCGCUUGUACAUUUAAAAUGUUUUGAGAAGAAAAUAUUCUCAGAAUUCUAAGACAUGUACAGUAGCAAAGAAAGUAAGCGAGACUUUUCAAAUGUUUUUUUGUAAAGCAGACAAACUGCAUGUGGGUAUUAAUUUAUUGUGAGUCUUCUAUGAUGUAUGCAGUUUCUUAAAGAAAGAAACUUAUUAAAAAAUAAUAAGUUUA